CUGGGCUGACCUCCCUCGCCUCCAUGUUCGUGAGAGCCCUACCCUUGCAUUUCCCCAUAUAUCUGUUACACCGGCGGCGACCAGCCCAAUCAGCACGGGGCUGACUCCUAGCAAGUUCAUGCGAAAUCUAGAUCAAAAUCUUGAUUAAGCCCGAAAUCGACAUGCAAUUUCCCCAGAUGAGGUCAUACCUAUAUUCCAAUCCACCAAUUCUUAUCUUCCACUAGCCAAUGCCAGCACGCACCGGAGCAAUCUCCCCAGCAUAGCUUUGCACGAAUGAUUGGCGAGUUUUAUUCGAUCGUAUCUCUUUGGCGUUAUAUGGUGAAGUUUCCCAGAAUGGCCGGAGGUCGCUCUCAAGGUGCUUUUGCGUCCUCCUCCUCCCUCUCCCCUCUCCCUCUCCCAUCUUUCGUUCAUCCAUGAUUUCCUGCUACUUCGUCACUCGUUUCUCAUCGCCCAAAAUGAGGUUAUUUGUCGCCAAAGUUCUCGUUAGCCUCCUUCUUUUCGGUACUUCGACAAUUGUGGCCCAGGGAGGGGACGGAUAUGGAUACUUUGGAUACGAGCUACAUAAACGCGGAGAUCCCGAAUCAACCAACUAUGAGACCGCCAGUACUCCGGGUGUAGACCUGCCAGUGACACCUGACGUGUUCCUCAACGCAACUGUAUCGGUUGGCGAGAUCGAUAUCGAGGUUGAUAAUAUCACUGCCAAGAUCAACCUCGAUGCGAAAGUGCUCAAUCUCCUCCAUUUCACAGCAGGGGUAGACGCGAGCAUCAACCGGGUGCGAUUGAGCAUCCAGGAUGUCAAAGCCAAGGUGCUACUAGAGGCGCGUCUCGGCAAUGUGGUCCAGAUGGUCGGCGACGUCCUAAAUGUCAUCGAUCUGAACCCUAUCGUCGCGACGCUGGGGCAAGGCGUAGGAGACAUCGUGGGUAAUCUCACGGAUGAUCUGGGAGGCACGACAACCACAACAAGUGCGGAGUCAUCAGCGACGAAUGCCAAACGGAGCUUGCUGGACUAUAACAUCCAACACAACAUUCUCUAUUCCAUCAACGACUACUCUGGCAACACACACACGAAUCGCAAGCUAGGGCAGGAUGGGACCUUGUACGACGUGUCGCUCGACAACGACGGCAAUGAACAUGGCGAGAAAGCCGUUGGAUAUUAUAAGGAGGAUAUGACAUUCACUGGGCAUAACAGAAGUAUAACUGUUGAUGAUAAGACCGAGUUUGAGCUCGGUUACAUGUAUGCGCCGUUUCCAGGUCUGGAGAUCGUGGCCUAUAUUUAUACCACUCCUGAAGGCCAAGUGGUAAAGACCCAGAUGAUUGCUGAAGCCGAAGGGGGAGGUACAAGCACGAUAUCUGACGACGAAGACCAGUGAGAUAAUCACUUUUGUAGUGAAUUGAUAUUAAUUAAG